CGCUGCGUCUCUUUGUUGGCCCAGCAGCAGCGUUGCUGCACUGUUGUUGUUGUUUUCUCUGCUGCUGGAAAAACUGUAAUGCUAGCAAGCUAAAGAAGUAUUUGGCAUUUGUUUUGCUCCAGGUUUCAAAAGAUACACUUCUAACUUGUGUCACUUGGCGUGUCAUAAUAUUGAACGCAACCCAGUCAUGGACUCGGACGAGGGUUACAAUUAUGAAUUCGACGAUGAGGAAGAGGAAUGCAGCGAAGACAGCGGAGAAGAGGAUCCCGCGGACGACACCCUGGAGCUCGCGGAGGUGGAGCUGGUCGAUCCGGUAGUGGCUGGCGGAGAAAGGGACGACUGCGGGGAGACUGGAGGCAGCGGCCUCGGGCCCGGACAGGAUGAGGAAGACUACCGCUUUGAAGUUCUCACCGCCGAGCAGAUCCUUCAGCAUAUGGUGGAGUGUAUCAGGGAGGUCAACGAGGUCAUUCAGAAUCCUGCUACAAUCACUAGAAUACUUCUUAGUCAUUUCAACUGGGACAAAGAAAAGCUGAUGGAGAGGUACUUUGAUGGUAACCUGGACAAGCUGUUUUCAGAGUGUCACGUUAUAAACCCCAGCAAAAAAUCUCGGACACGCCUCAUGAACACAAGAUCUUCGGCACAGGACAUGCCAUGUCAGAUCUGCUAUCUCAACUAUCCUAAUGCGUACUUCACUGGUCUGGAAUGUGGGCACAAGUUCUGCAUGCAGUGCUGGGGAGAUUACUUAACUACCAAAAUCAUAGAGGAAGGAAUGGGACAGACCAUUUCCUGUCCUGCUCAUAGCUGUGAUAUUCUGGUGGACGACAACACAGUCAUGAGACUGAUUACAGAUUUGAAAGUGAAGUUGAAGUAUCAGCAUUUAAUAACAAAUAGUUUUGUAGAGUGCAACCGACUGUUAAAAUGGUGUCCGGCACCUGACUGUCAUCAUGUUGUCAAAGUACAGUACCCAGAUGCCAAACCUGUACGAUGCAAGUGUGGUAGGCAGUUUUGCUUCAACUGUGGAGAAAAUUGGCAUGAUCCAGUUAAGUGUAAGUGGCUCAGGAAAUGGAUUAAGAAAUGUGAUGAUGACAGCGAGACAUCAAACUGGAUUGCUGCAAAUACGAAGGAAUGCCCAAAAUGCCACGUCACCAUAGAGAAAGAUGGUGGCUGCAACCACAUGGUAUGUCGGAACCAGAACUGCAAAGCAGAAUUCUGCUGGGUUUGCUUGGGACCCUGGGAACCACAUGGAUCCGCUUGGUACAAUUGUAAUCGCUAUAACGAGGAUGAUGCCAAGGCAGCCAGGGAUGCUCAAGAGCGUUCCAGGGCAGCCCUGCAGAGGUACCUGUUCUACUGCAAUCGCUACAUGAACCACAUGCAGAGCUUGCGCUUCGAGCACAAGCUGUAUGCGCAGGUCAAGCAGAAGAUGGAGGAGAUGCAGCAGCACAACAUGUCAUGGAUUGAGGUGCAGUUCCUGAAGAAGGCUGUGGACGUGCUGUGCCAGUGCCGCUCCACGCUCAUGUUCACCUACGUCUUUGCGUUCUACCUCAAGAAAAACAACCAGUCCAUUAUCUUCGAGAAUAACCAGGCAGAUCUGGAGAACGCUACAGAGGUGUUGUCCGGAUACCUGGAACGAGACAUCUCACAGGAUUCUCUGCAGGACAUUAAACAGAAAGUACAAGAUAAAUACAGAUACUGUGAGAGCAGACGGAGAGUGCUGCUGCAACACGUACAUGAAGGCUAUGACAAAGACCUAUGGGAGUACAUCGAGGAUUGAGGCUACAUCUCCACACCACUGACUCUUGGAGGAAAAACUCCUCCCACUAGAGUGCUGAUGCAAUGAAACAGAGCAGCACGGAGCCUCUGCUGCCUUCUCCCUGGCGAACCACCCUGCAUUGCAUAAUUUCCCAUUUUUUUUUUUGUUUUACGAAAAGCAUAAGAGUAAAUUAUAUUUAAAUUAAAAAGAAUAUAAAAAAAAAUUACAUGUGCUACAGUAUUGUUAGCAGCGUUGAAGCACAGGAUUGAGAAAUCCAACAAAAAGACAACAUUUUGCUUGUUGUAAAAUCUUGCCCUUGAAAAUCUUUCCCCUAAUUUUCAGUUUUGUUUAUGGUUGUGUUCUGUUUGACUUUAUUUUAUAGUGUGUGUGUGUGUGUGUGUGUGUGUGUGUGUGUGUGUGUGUGUGUGUAAUGGAUUUCAAUUUCAAAAUGGCUUUAAUAAUUCUGACCAUGUCUGCCUCGAGUGGCGAAAUCUGUUUGGGUUGCUGAAUGUUGACUGUAAGGAGGUGACUUUUGGGUUUCAAAAAUGAGCAAAAUAGAAAACAAACAAAAAAGGCAACAAAUUGGUAUUUUUCAAUUUGUAAAUAUGCAUGGAUGUUAAAGAGUAAGAGUGGCAUGUGUUUGCAUCAUUUUUUCAAUAUAUUUAUAUUUACACAUAUAUAUAUAUAUAAAAAAAAAAAACAAGUACACUUGAAGUCAGAAGUUUACCGGUACAUACACCUUAGCUAAAUACAUUUAAACUCAGUUUUUUUCCACAAUGCCUGACAUUUAAUCAUAGAAAAUAUUCCCGGUCUUUGGUCACAAAGGAUCACUACUUUAUUUAAAAGAUUUGAAAUGUCAGAAUAAUAGUAGAGCGAAUGAUUUAUUUCUGCUUUUAUUUCUUUCAUCGCAUUCCCAUGGGUCAGAAGUUUAUGUACACUAUGUUAGUAUUUGGUAGUAUUGCCUUUAAAUUGUUUAACUUGGGAAAAACAUUUUGGGUAGCCAUCUACAAGCUUUUCACAAUAAGUUUCUGGAAUUUUGGCGCAUUCAUCCAGAGAGAACUGGUGUAACUGAGUCAGGUUUGUUGGCCUCCUUGACUUUGUUGUCCUUAAGCCAUUUUACCACAACUUUGGAGGUAUGCUUGGGGUCAUUGUCCAUUUGAAGACCCAUUUGCGUCCAAGCUUUAAAUUCCUGGCUGAUGUCUUGAGAUGUUGCUUCAAUAUAUCUACAUCAUUUUCCUUUCUCAUGAUGCCAUCUAUAUUGUGAAGUGCAUCAGUCCCUCCUGCAGCAAAGCACCCCCACAACACGAUGCUGCCACCCCCAUGCUUCACGGUUGGGAUGGUGUUCCUCGACUUGCAACCCUCCCCCUUUUCUUCCCAAUAUAACAAUGGUUAUUAUGGCCAAACGGUUACAUUUUUGUUUCAUCAGAGGACAUUUCUCCAAAAAGUAAUAUCUUUCUCCCCAUUUGCACUUGUAAACUGUAGUCUGGCUUUUUUAUGGUGGUUUUUGAGCAGUGGCUUCUUCCUUGCUGAGCAGCCUUUCAGGUUAUGUCGAUAUAGGACUCGUUUUCCUGUUGAUAUAGAUACUUGUCUACCCGUUUCCUCCAGCAUCUUCACAAGGUCCAUUGCUGUUAUUCUGGGAUUGAUUUGCACUUUUCGCACCAAACUACGUUCAUCUCUAGGAGACAGAAUGCGUCUCUUUCCUGAGCGGUAUGAUGGCUGCAUGGUCCCAUGGUGUUUAUACUUGCAUACUGUUGUUUUUACAGAUGAACGUGGUACCUUCAGGUGUUUGGAAAUUGCCCUCAAGGAUGAACCAGACUUUUAGACAUUUUUUUUUUAUGAGGUCUUGGUUGAUUUCUUUUCAUUUUUCCAUGAUGUCAAGCAGAGAUGCACUGAGUUUGAAGAUAGGCCUUAAAAUUAAUCCAUAGGUAAAGCCUCCAAUCUGAAGCUAGUUGGGUAAUUGCCUAGAAGCUUGACAUAAUUUUCUGUAAUUUUCCAAGCUGCUUAAAGGCACAGACUAAACUUCUGAUCCAAUGGAAUUGUGAUAUAGUCAAUUAAAUGUGAAACAGUCUGUCUGUAAACAGUUGCUGGAAAAAUUAUUCAUCUCAUGCACAAGUAGAAGUAGAUGACCUAAAUGACUUGCCAAAAGUAUAGUUUGCUAAUAAUAAAUCUGUGGAGUGGUUAAAAAAUUUGAUUUAAUGACUUCAACCUAAGUGUAUGUAAACAACUGACUUCAUCUGACAAUUUGCUGUGUAGAUUUGAUUGUUUUCCCCUAUAUUUUGUCACCCCUUAUAGGAGGUUUGGACUUGACAUAUGCUUGUCUUAAAUCAGGAGUCCGUGUCUUUCCCUCCACUCUUCUCCCUUGCUCCACAGGGCUGACCAGGUCUGUAGUCUGCCAAAUUAAGCAGAUUAUGCCAUACCAUAACUCUAAAGCUUUGAGAGCUGCAGGCUUUAUGGUUGGAGAAAAUGGGGCCAGUAUAAUUUAGAGCUUUAGAGUUAAAACUUUUAAAGAAGAACAGUGGUUUCCUCUGCUCUGCCUCUUUUGCUGUCAUCCUCCUUUUAGGUAGAUUUAGUAUCGUUAUAUGAUUUUUAAGAGUUAUAUGAAUAAUUUCUGAGAGCCAAAUUGAGUGACAUUCACUCAUAUAUCCUUUUAUACAUUUUCUUUUGUCUCUCUGAAGUUCAUUCUUCCCAGACCCGGCUCGAGGUUGCACAUAGAGUAAAUUGUACUCAUGGACCUGUUGAGCUGCUUUCUUGAUAGCUUAUUUCAAAUGUUUUGAAUUGAGCCAUUGACAAACAGGGUUAGGCAUUUUCCACAUUAUCGAUUUUUGCACACCGCAGAACUAGUUGUCGGAAGCCAUUGUUAUCUCUGCUAUAUCACAGUGAGACUCCUUGUUGGUUUAAUUAAUUUUGUGUACAAUAACCAUGAAUUUGCACCUGAAAUGGUUUCCAAAGGGCCGUUUGAGUCAUGAUAUAGUUUGCAGGGAAAAUAUGGUGUAACCUUUGUACUGUUAUUUGGAAUUUGUGUACACUUGUUCAUGCAAAACUACAAUUAUGUGUGGAUACACCGUGACUGCCGUUGAAGCACUGAGUCCCCCUUUGCAGGCUUACAGUGAUGCGGUCCAGGGAUAGACACAGGUGGGACAUGCACACAGAGUCAUUGCAGAUCACAAGUUGGAGUAUUCAAACAACACCAAAGUGUCAAUUUCAAACUAAUGAAUUUGUUUCCCACUUUCUGGGCCAGGUGGCUGGACGUGCGGCACACAAAUAAUGGAUUUUUCUUCCCUUUGUUUCUUAAAAAUCAGAUGAUAGUAAAUGUACUAAAAUGCAUUCUCUUUCUGAGAAUACAGUCACAGAGUCAUUUUGUGUUUGCCUAUUCAUCUUUCGGCAUUGUGUACUGACGAUUGCAAUUGUUUUUUAUGUAAACAGUGUUGAGAUGGUCUUCCAGAUAAACAUGCAAAAUUUUGACAACAAGUUUCAUACAGGCAUAAUGCAGAACAAUAAAAUAAAUCCCUUUUUUUUGUAAGACCCCACAGCUUCCUUUCAAAUGGGAAUGCACAGCAUGAUCUGUAAAAAUAUGAAUGGUUGUGCUACCCCUGUGUACAGCUUAGUGUGUGUGUAACUGUUCCCUCCAGCUGGUUUACUUCUUAGUUAUGCCUAUUUGAUCUGGUCUGGUAUUCCUUGCAGAUCCCAAUUUAACAUUUACAGUAACAAAAAGCAGCUAUUCUCAUUUGGUUUAGACAUCCAAAAACUUUUAAUACUUUUGUAAAUUUCUUUAUGCUAUAAUUUUUAUUAUUAUUAUUUGUUAUAUACAUAGUGUACAAAUGUGUGAAAUAAAUAAAAAUAGUUGUUCGUUUUGAAGAAUAUUAAAGUGCAAAGUGUUCCUCUAGUUUGAUUCCCCCCCACCCCCUUGUGCUUGUUAAAGGGGCCAUGACAUGAAUAAUCAGAUUUUCCUUGAUCUGUUAAUAUAUGAGGUCAUUUUACAAUAAAAAAAACAUA